AUGAUGUUCAAAACUUCAAUGUUCUUAUCGUUUAUAGCUGGAUUACUCUGUGCACGUGAUACUGUGAAGCAGAAGGUUGAUUUCCCAUGCAAAGUGUGUAAGUCUCUAUACAAUACAACAUGCCAAGGGAUCAAUCCAAAAGAUAUCAACUCGUGUGCAACUGCUGAACAAGCAAAAGUCAAGUAUUAUCUAGGAUUACAACCCACUUCGAAACAACUUUUCAUUCCACACGUUUCUUGCACAAUGGAGAUGAAAUGCCCGGAAGGAACUAAACUAGCAUUUCCAAUGGAUGAAUACUUCCAAAACCCUGUUAUAUGA